GUAAUUUUCUCUGAAAUUUAUAAAGAAAUGGAGAAUGAGACCUUUCUUCUCUGUUUGGUGCUCCAAACAUCCGCCACUUGCAAAGAAACUAUGGGAGGAGAAGGUGGAGAAGCAAAUCUUUGAUUGGUAUUGUGUGUGCUACUUUUGAUGUUGAAAAUGGAAGAAGUGGAAGAAGCAAACAGAGUUGCAGUGGAGAGCUGCCAUGGAGUUCUCAACCUGAUCUCACAGUCCAAUGAGCUUCCUUACAGGACUCUAAUGGCUGAAACUGAUGAAGCUGUGUCUAAGUUCAAGAAAGUCAUUUCUUUGCUCAGUCAUGGUGUGGGUCAUGCAAGAGUUAAGAGGUUUAAAAAAACUGAAGAGUUUUUUCCAUUUGAUCAAAACCAAAACCAAACUUUCCUUGAUUACCAGUUACUGUUUUCCACCUCUUCCUCUUCUUCUUGUCAACCUCUUAGAGUACUCAAAAAUGUUCAUCAAAACCAAAUUUUGGAUUUGAGUUCUGCUUCUAGGAAUGCUCUGCAACAGCACCACCACCAACAACAACAGCAGCAGCAGAUGAGGUUUCAGGCUGAAAUGUUUAGGAGGCACAAUAGUGGGAUUAAUCUUAAGUUUGAUAACUCUAGCUGUACUGGGACUGGUUCCUCAACCAGGUCCUUUGUGUCUUCAUUGAGCAUGGAUGGUAGUGGUGCUAGUUUGGAUGGCAAAUCAUUUCAUUUAAUUAGUGGUCCUCAAUCAUCUGAACCUGUGAAUUUACAUGCAAAUACUCAGAGGAGGUGUCUUGGUAAAGGGGAACAUGGGAGUGGCAAGUGUGCUUCGAGUGGCCGGUGUCAUUGUUCGAAGAAACGGAAGCAUAGAGUAAAAAGAUCAAUUAAAGUUCCUGCUAUUAGUAACAAGCUUGCCGAUAUCCCACCCGAUGAUUUCUCAUGGAGGAAGUACGGCCAAAAGCCGAUCAAGGGUUCUCCGCAUCCUAGGGGAUACUAUAAAUGUAGCAGUGUGCGAGGCUGCCCUGCGAGGAAGCAUGUCGAAAGAUGCUUGGAAGAUCCAUCAAUGCUCAUUGUCACAUACGAGGGCGAGCACAACCAUACGAAUUCAGUAACACAGUCUGCGCACACAUAGAUGUGGUUUUUGUAUCCUGCUUCAACCAAAUGCUAGGUGGUCGGGCAUUCAAUCACUCUUUCUUCCUCUAACAUGUACAUUUUCAAAUCAAGAACAAUCAGUGGAAUGCGAAACGGGAUCGAUCUGCUAACUGUAACCAAGAACAAUCGAUCGAUUAUUCGGUGCGAACCAAGUGCUUUUCCAAUGCAUUACUUUCAUGCUUCUUUUUGGUUGAUGAAGUUUCCAUGAAGUUGUACAACAUGAUGGUCAAACUUUUGGUGAGUGAAGUUUCCAUGAAUGCAUGUCUGGAUUAUUGUUGAACA